AUGUUCAAUGUUCCAAUGUUUCACAUGUCAUCGAUGUUCCAAGGACUCAAAGCUUGUUUCAAACAAAUCAAUGAUAAUCUGGCAAAUCUGCGUGAACUCAAGACGAAAGGUGAGCCAUAUCUCUUGAACGGCACCUAUCAUAAACAAAGAAUUCCAUUCCUACUGAUGAUGAUCAUAGCUUUGAAGAAGCAGCAUUUGGCAGUCAGCGACACAGUACAGAUGCUAAAAAUGGUCUUCAGCUUGCAACUUCUUUCUACGCUAGUUAUGACUUUCACUCAAAUCACCUUCAAUCUGUACUUUUACUUAGUGCAAAUAAAAGGGGAUGUGUCUAUGAGUAAUCAGGAAAGACAGCUUUAUUUGCUGUACUUCAUUAUAACUGCAAUAUAUUACUGUAUAAAAAUAAUGUCGAUAGUAUGGGCUUGUGAGACCGGCAAGAAUCAAGCCAUGGAGAUUAACAGCACCGUUCACGACGUGUUCAACACCACCAGCAAUAAGCAAAUAAAAUACGAG